AUGGGCGCCCGCAACCCCAAGAAAGCAACGGAAGCCAUUGAUGAAAUCAAACGAGAGGUCCCCUCGGCCGAAAUCCUCUUUCUCGAAAUAGACCUUUCGUCUUUCGCUUCUAUCAAACGCGCAGCCGAAACAUUCCUUUCCACAAAUGACCGCCUCGAUAUCCUCAUCAACAACGCCGGUAUCUUUGCGCCUCCGUCUGGCUUGACUGAAGAUGGCUACGAAGUCCAAUUUGGCACAAACUAUAUGGGUUCAGCACUUCUGACUCGACUACUUCUGCCAAUCCUCACCCAGACUGCGGAUACUGGAGCAGAUGUUCGCAUUGUGAACAUCAGCUCCGAGAUAUAUCGAAACGCUCCCAAGGCCGGUAUACUUCUCAGCCAGGUCAAGACGCCACUCAACGAGAUCAGCACUGUUGCUCGCUAUGGCCACUCCAAACUCGCCAACAUAUACUUUACAAAGUCUUACGCUAAGAAAUAUCCCAGUAUCAAGUCUGUUUCUCUACAUCCCGGGCUUGUCCGCACGAAUAUUGGGGGUGACAUGAAAGCAAACCCACUUCUUGUCUUUGUCUUUAAGCUGUUCUCCUCGGUGGCUUCCGUGGAUAUUCCAACCGGCACGCUUAAUCAGCUUUGGGCGAGUACGGCUGAUUCUGGCGCAGUGAAAAGUGGCGCGUACUAUGUUCCCUUCUUUAAGGAAGCGAACAGGAAUGGUAUUGAGAGUGAUAUGGGAAAAGCGGAGGAGCUGUGGCAAUGGACCGAGCAAGAGUUCAAGGAACAUGGGUUUUAA